UCACUUCCGGUGAAAAAAAAGAAGAAAAUCGGUCAACUGUUAAGAUUCGUUUUUGCUCUAUUAUUUACGAUUCAUGGGAGGACUUGUCGAAUAGGACACAGUUUAAAGACCCAAGUGUCUUGUCCAUCAAUUUGUACGUGGAAUUUACGUAUAUCCUGCUAAAUAUUUGGUUUGGCUCAACUUUUUUCAACUGUGAAAUAGAUUUGUUUCAGAGUUGGUGGCUUGUUUUCUGUGAGAAUGCCUUUGUUUGGAAAGUCACAGAAGAGUCCACAGGAGCUUGUAAAGUCCUUAAAGGAAGGCCUGACUGCUCUAACACGAGAGACUGGAGAGAAGAAACUGGAUAAGGCCAGUGAUGAUGUGUCUAAGAACCUUGCGGCCAUUAAGACAGUACUGUACGGCACAGAGAAUCAGGAGCCUCAGACAGACCAGGUGGCCCAGCUAGCCCAUGAAAUGUAUGACAAUAAUAUGCUGUAUCUACUGGUUCAAAACCUGGGAAAGAUUGAUUUUGAGGGUAGGAAAGAUGUUGCCCAGAUUUUCAACAAUAUGUUGCGACGCCAGAUCGGUACUAGAGCACCUACAGUUGAUCAUCUCGGACCCAGAAAGGAAAUUCUAUUAGACUUAAUGAAAGGGUACGAGAGUCAAGAAAUAGCAUUGAAUUGUGGUAUGAUGUUGCGGGAGUGUUGUAGAUAUGAACAGUUGGCAAAGACAAUGUUGUACUCUGACCAGUUUUUCAUGUUCUUCACAUAUGUUGAGGUGUCGACAUUUGAUGUGGCUUCUGAUGCAUUCUCUACGUUCAAGGAGUUGUUAACAAAACACAAGAUCCUAGCUGCUAAUUUCCUAGAAGCAAACUAUGACAAAGUGUUCAUACCUUACCAGAGUUUAUUGGUCUCUGACAAUUAUGUGACAAGGAGGCAAGCUUUAAAGUUGCUGGGUGAGCUGUUGUUAGAUCGUCACAACUUUACUAUAAUGACACGAUAUAUCAGUAACCCGGACAACUUGAAGAUGAUGAUGAAUAUGUUACGAGAGAAGAGCAGGAAUAUUCAGUUUGAAGCCUUCCAUGUCUUUAAAGUAUUCGUCGCAAACCCUAACAAACCAAAGCCAAUUCUCGACAUUUUACUACGGAACAAGGAUAAACUGGUGGACUUCCUCACCAAGUUUCAUACGGACCGGUCCGAUGAUGAACAGUUUAACGAUGAAAAAGCCUACUUAAUAAAGCAAAUUAAAGAAUUAAAGCAGACGGAAGAAACGUAACGUCUGGAAAACGCCUAGAUGAUUUUUUUUCCUGGAUUUUCUUUUUUUUUUUCAAUGAAGAAAAAUUGAUGUGAUAUGCAUUUUAUAUUAUUCGGUUGCAAAACAUGAUGAUAAAACUUGUGUGUUAAGGUAGAAAAAAAACAAAACAAACUGAUGAAAUAUGGAUGCAAGGGAAACAAUUCAAGAGUUUUUACGGAGUUGUCUGUCUGCAUAAUCUUUGUUUAUUUGUUGCUGCCACUGUAUGGUGAUAUUGUAGGUGUAAAGAGUUAUUAAUAAUUUAUUUGAACUCAUGUCUUAAAUUGUUUUAAAAUCGUUAUUUAGAUGAAAUUGUUAAGAAAUUUUGAUGGAAUGACAUGUAAAAAUACUGCCAAAAAUUCAUUAUCUUGUGGAUAAAAAUUCAAUUAAUCAUAAGAGUGGAAGUCAAAUUAUUGUUUUUUUAUAGGCCAAAUCAAAGAAUUUAAUUUUUCAUUGUGAAAGAAGAAUUUUUGUGAAUGGAAUAUUCUGAAUAAAAUAAGCUGUUAGAUGAUAAAGAAAUUACAUACAGAUUUUGUAGGUUUAAUUGUACUGUUAAUGUCUUUAAGUUAUAUGUUCAAAAUCUUUUGAUUGUUUUUAACUUACUUCCUCAUUGCAAAAUACUCUAAAUCAGUGUAAAAACUGGAACAAACAAAAUUUUCCUUAUUUGUUACUAGUAAUGAUUUAUUCCCAGAAACAGGCUCAAGUGUGGUUUUUACUUAAAUUGUGAUUUUUACUUUUGGUUGACGUGCUCUCAAGCAGUUGAAACUGGAAUGAAAACCAGGGAUAAAGACUCAAAGCCCAGCUUGUGUGAAGAUCAUGUUUCCUAGUUUACCAGUACUGUUAAUUUGUCAGUUCCAGGCACUCAACUUGAUGCGCUUAAUUAGUAAUCUAAGGAUAACUGGCUGUGAGGGUUCAAACUCCGUUAGGGACAAGCUGUCGCUUCCUUGAGGAAGAAACAUAACACUCAUUGCUUGGUAUGGUUUGAUUUCAGGAACGUAUUCAAGUGUGUUUCUUUAGGCUUAUACAUGUAGCUUUCACAAUGAAUUGAAAACUAAAAAUGGUAAACUGAAAACCUUGUAUACUUAAAUAUAAACAUGUAAACUGAAAACAUGUAAAUUAAGAACUAGCAGUAUUAUUUGCAAGACUGUUAUUCCUGCAGCUUAUGUUUAACAAGGCAAAUGCACUGCUCAUAUGAAACAUUACUGUGUUGUUUUUUUAAUCGCGAAAUUCUCAGUUGUUCAAGACUGGACUCUCUGUUUUGAUCGCCAGGUAUAUUUAAGACAGUUGAGUGAAAAUCUAUUUCAUUUAGUACAUAUAUUUUACAGCUAUAGUUUCAUAUAAUUCUGAUGUGAAAUACUUGUAUUAAACCAGGUGUCUACAAACUUUCCGGACAACCGUAGUACAUGCUAGUGAAGGUUUUUAAUUAUUUGUUGGAGUUUUUGCAUCAAAAUACCUUGGUUUUUUGCGGAUUUUCUUUUAAGUUCAUUAUUUCGACCUAAAGAUAUAUUGAUAUAUGUACAUUUUAUUUUAUCUGACAUUUAUUUAAAAGGAAUUAAAUAGAGCUGUAUGUAAAGAUGUUGUAAAAAGAUCAUUUUUUGUUUUGUUUCAUACUUAACAUUAUUUUGUUUUCAUCAUACAUAUAUAUAUAUUCGGUAACAUAAGUGUAUUUAUGUAUCAAACGCUUAUAUCUGUGUCAUAUAUAAAUAUCAUAUAUAAUGUCCUUGAUUUAUCUUUCUUUUUCUGGGCAUUCAGUGUCAUUUGAUGCAGAUUUGCUGUAUAUCAUUGAUUAACAGUAUUGGUUUUAUUUUAAGAAUUUUGGAAAACUCUACACUGAAGGCUUAAUUGAACUUUUCUGCACCUUUGAUUUUGAAUUUGUAAAGUCAAUGUCAGGUUUAAAGCAGCAUGUUUCUAGAUGAUAAAAAAACAACAACAAAAACA